UGAGCAAGAGUCAGUUGAGCCCGCAGACCAUGCCAAACCCGCAAGUUAGAACAAAAAACAAGCAUUGUAGACCGUCACAAAUGGUUCCCGCAGCAACAUUUUAUAUUUAAACAUGUAUUUAUUAGCCGUAUGCUUAAAACUUUCAUUGCCACCUUCAUUUUAUCGUUAAUAAACACAUAAACAAGAACAAUGCAAGCCACCUCCUGCCAUCUGAUCACCCCUCCAAAAUUCCCGUCCCCCAAAAUCCCUCCUCCUCAUCAUGGCGCCAAGCCGCUCCCGAUCACCGGAACCCCCAGAGCCGUCUCCAUCGCCGCCCCACCAAGCCAAACCCAGCCUAAAAAAGUUUUAUCACUAGACACCGAUGACACUGUGACAGCCUUCUGGGACUACCAAUUUUUAUUCAUCUCCCAACGUUCCGAGACCGUCGAUCCCAUCACUCUAAGCAUCGUGGAAGGCGCAAUCCCAUCCGAUUUCCCAUCCGGAACCUAUUAUUUAACCGGACCGGGCCUUUUUUCGGAUGAUCACGGCUCUACCGUGCACCCUCUCGAUGGCCACGGCUAUCUCAGAGCCUUUCAGCUCGAUGGCAGCCGAGGAGAAGCCAAAUUCAUGGCGCGGUACAUUAAAACCGACGCGAAAGUCGAAGAACAUGAUUCUGCGACGGAUGAGUGGCGGUUCACGCACCGAGGUCCGUUUUCGGUUCUGAAAGGUGGGAAAAAACUUGGGAAUACUAAGGUAAUGAAAAAUGUGGCGAACACCAGUGUUUUGAGUUGGGGUGGGAGGUUGUUUUGUUUGUGGGAAGGGGGACAGCCGUAUGAGAUUCAUCCUGCGACUUUGGAGACUAUCGGGAGAUUUGAUUUGAUUGACGGAUGUGAUUUGUUGAUCAACGGUGGUGAGAUCAGUGAUGGUGCUGCUGGUUUCUGGGAUUUGGCAGCACAGCUACUAAAACCAAUACUAUAUGGAGUGUUCAAUAUGCCGCCGAAGAGGUUAUUAUCGCAUUACAAGAUUGAUUCCAAGAGAAAUAGACUGCUAAUGAUGUCAUGCAAUGCUGAGGAUAUGUUGCUCCCGCAAAGUAAUUUCACAUUCUAUGAAUUCGAUUCAAAUCUAAAGAUGCUGCAGAGAAAAGAGUUCAAUAUUGCUGAUCAUUUAAUGAUACAUGACUGGGCCUUCACCGAGAACUAUUACAUAUUAUUUGGCAAUCGCAUAAAGCUUGAUAUUCCUGGAUCAAUGACAGCAGUAUGUGGGUUAUCUCCAAUGAUAUCAGCAUUGUCACUGAAUCCAAACAAGCCCACAUCUCCAAUAUAUUUGCUUCCUAGGUUCCCAACAGAAUCAGCCAAUGGAGAGAGAGAUUGGAAAGUACCCAUUGAAGCUCCUUCACAAAUGUGGGUAUUGCACUGUGGGAAUGCAUUUGAGGAAAAGGACACAAAGGGGAAUGUAGAGAUUCAAAUACAAGCUAGUGGUUGCUCUUACCAAUGGUUCAAUUUUCAGAAAAUGUUUGGAUAUGAUUGGAAAACUGGCAAGUUAGACCCUGCAAUGAUGAAUGUGAAAGAAAAAGAAAAGAAGCUAGUGACACAUCUUGUUCAGGUAUCUCUUCAACUGGAUCAGAAUGGAAAUUGUAGAAACUGUGGCGUAAAACCUUUAAACCGAUGGGAUAAGUCAUCAGAUUUCCCUGUAAUCAACCAGAAUUUUUCGGGCUCAAAAAAUUCAUACGUAUAUGCUGCGACUACCUCUGGUUCACGCCAGAGUCUGCAACAUUUCCCAUUUGACACAGUGGUGAAACUAAACACCGUAGAUGAAUCCGUUAGUACGUGGUCUGUUGGAAACAGAAGAUUCAUAGGAGAGCCUAUUUUUGUGCCCAAAGGAACCGAGGAAGGUGAAGGGUACCUUCUUGUUGUAGAGUAUGCAGUAUCAACACAGAGAUGUUAUCUUGUUAUCUUGGAUCCAAAUCGGAUCGGGACGGGUAAUGCACUUCUUGCCAAGCUCGAAGUCCCAAGACAUCUCAACUUUCCACUUGGUUUCCAUGGUUUUUGGGCAGAUAAUAAGCAUGAAUCUAGGGUAUAAGAUGAUGAGUAUAUGUUAUUCAUGCAGCAGAUUAUCCACAAAGGAAACAGAACAAGUAAAUGUACAAGCUUCCUUUAUGUUUCUCAGGUCAUAAAUAUUUAUGGAUAUAAAUUUAAGUCAUUUAUCUAUUAGGAUUCAA